AUGGCUCUUCAAACUCUUCCAAACGAUGUUGCCAAAGUAGCUUCAGAGGGAUCUGUCAAGCUUUUCGGAAAGUGGGAUUCCGAGGGUGUUGAGGUUAAAGAUAUCUCUCUUACCGAUUACAUCAACGUCAACCACGCUGUUUACGUUCCCCACACCGCUGGUCGAUAUGCCAAGAAGCAAUUCGCCAAGGGACGAAUGCCCAUCGUUGAGAGACUUGUUAACGCCCUCAUGAUGAACGGUAGAAACAACGGUAAAAAAAUCAUGGCUGUUCGAAUCGUCCAACACGCCUUUGAGAUCAUCCACCUCGUCACUGAACAAAACCCUAUCCAAGUUUUAGUCGAUGCUAUCGUCAACACUGGUCCUCGAGAAGACUCCACCCGAAUCGGAUCUCAAGGUACCGUCCGAAGACAAGCCGUCGAUGUAUCACCUUUGAGAAGGGUUAACCAAGCCGUCUCUUUGUUGACCGUCGGUACCAGAGAAUCAGCUUUCAAAAACUCCAAAUCCGUUUCCGAAUGUCUCGCCGACGAACUCGUCAACGCCGCCAAGGGUUCUUCAAACUCUUACGCUAUCAAGAAGAAGGAUGAACUUGAACGAGUAGCCAAAUCUAACCGAUAA